UGUAACUACACUGUGGCAAGUCGACCGGUGUGUCAGGCACACCAACGCAGAUUUGCCUUCUGAUGGAUAGUCAGACGCGGAACACCGACGUGUGGAUUCGUAGCUAGCAACAAGACCAACAGAUAGCCUAGAGAUACCUUGUCUCUGUUGAAUGAUUGAAGAUAGGUUAAGCAGGUGCGGGCUUGGCAAGUACUUUGAGACCUCCUGAAAAACUUAAGAUCCUGCUGGAAGUGGUGUUGAACUAGUCGGGGGCAGUCUUCCCCCUGGUUAAAGACCAAUCUCAAUCACUCAUACCAGUGACGGGGACACUGCUGUAGGAGAUGCGUCCUUUGAGGUCCUUUGGACCGCACCGAGGUUUAAACAGACACCCUGAAGAGAAACAUGGCACACAUAACAAUUAACCAGUACCUACAACAGGUGGUGGAGGCUAUCGAAACACGUGAUGGGGCAUUCUGUGCAGAACUGCUGUCUUUUAAACACCCACAUGUAGCCAAUCCAAGGCUUCAGCUUUCAACUCCAGAGGAAAAAUGCCAGCAGGUGCUUGAACCGCCAUAUGAUGAGAUGGUAGCUGCUCACUUGAGGUGCGUAUAUGCGGUCUCCAAUCAUGAUUUUGUGGAUGCUUACAAAUGUCAGACUGUGGUAGUCCAAUCAUUUCUGAAGGCUUUCCAAGCUCACAAAGAAGAAAACUGGGCGUUGCCAAUGAUGUUUGCCGUUGCAUUGGACUUACGGAUAUUUGCCAACAAUGCUGAACAGCAGCUGCUGAAGAAAAGCAAAGGAAAGCUGGGAGACAUGCUGGAGAAAGCUGCUGAACAGUUGAUGAGCUGCUUCAGAGUGUGUGCCAGUGACAACCGUGCUGGCAUUGACGACUCUAAGAAGUGGGGCAUGCUCUUCCUCAUCAACCAGCUCUUCAAGAUCUACUUCAAGAUCAGUAAGCUGCACUUGUGCAAGCCUCUUAUUCGGGCGAUUGACAGCUCCAACCUUAAGGAUGAAUACAGCAUGGCACAGAGGAUCACCUACAAAUACUACGUUGGAAGGAAGGCCAUGUUCGACAGCGACUUCAAGCUUGCGGAGGGUUAUUUGUCUUUUGCCUUUCAACACUGCCAUCGGUCCUGUCAGAGAAACAAAAGAUUGAUCCUCAUCUAUCUACUUCCUGUCAAGAUGCUCUUGGGUCACAUGCCAACGCACUCACUCCUGCAGAAGUAUGAUCUUAUGCAGUUCACAGACGUCACCAAAGCUGUUGGUGAGGGAAACCUGUUGCUGCUGAAUGAGGCGCUCACCAAACACGAGACCUUCUUCAUCCGGUGUGGCAUCUUCCUUAUCCUUGAGAAGCUGAAGAUCAUCACCUACAGAAACCUCUUCAAAAAAGUGUACCAUCUCCUGAGAACUCACCAGCUUCCCCUAGAUGCGUUUCUUGUGGCUCUCAAGAUGAUGCAGGUGGAGGAGGUCGAUAUCGAUGAGGUGCAGUGCAUCCUGGCCAAUCUCAUCUACAUGGGUCACAUCAAAGGCUACAUCUCUCAUCAGCAUCAGAAACUUGUCGUCAGUAAACAAAACCCCUUCCCUGCUCUAUCUACUGUGUCCUGAAGAACUGAUGAUGCAGUCCUGUUGACUCAUUCCCUUCUUUUUUACUGGAUUUUACUGAUGUCAUUGAAUUAAUUUGUACUGUAUCUAAAAUACCCCCCCCCCCCAUUCAUUUUUAAUGAUAUCAUUUCUGCUAAACCAUUUUGAAUCUAUUAUCCUGAUUCAAAGUGAGUUUGAAGUUAUGAUGUUGACAUUCUGUUUUUUUUUUUUUUGUAUUGUUGAUUGAUUAAAUAUUUGGGAACAAAAUUGCUGACU